AUGUACCUGAUGACGACUCAGUCGGACCAUCAUGUUAAGCGUCUCGUUUGGAGGCACCGGGACACAGCCAGUGACAGUGGGCUAUCCAAAGAAUCACUACUAAACCUUGGUAACCUAGGGGAGGAUCAAGAAAUCUUUCAGAAUAUACGAAGGCGGAGUGACAGUGUAGAAAAGGAGCACCGAGACCCCUGUCAAAGCAUAAGACCUAUUCAAAGUCCAAUUGAAUUCAAGGAUUAUAUUGAUACCAUCAACAUCCAUCCACCAGAUCGGAAUGAAGGUAAUAGUAGGAUGAAUAAGAAACCGCGAAGAAAUGCAAGUUCAGAAAAAGAAACCCAAGUCAAUGGUUCCUUUUACAAGUCCACAAGAAAUACCGAAGAAAACUCACCAAAACCAAUAAAUGACUCCUUACGAAAAGAGCAUGUGGUUAUACGAGGUAGAAGGUAUUACAAAAACUUGAUAAGAUCUAUAAAAAGACUCAGUACGGACCAUCAAGAAAGUGGUACAAACGUUUCGUUUGGAAGCAAGUUGGGAGAAGGUAUGAACAUUGUGAAUAAUAAAAGCAAAACCUCCAUGGAAAGCAAGAAAGACUACGGCCUACGUAAGCAUAUCAACCAAGGUCUAAAUGCCAGUUUAUUCAUAAUAAAUGGGGUAAAAAACCGCCCAAAGUGUACUAAAGUGGUAUCUAUAUACACACAUAAUAUGAACCCUUUCGGAUAUUGGCCAGAGUAUAGAGAUCUCGAAUGGUUGUUCGAAGAUGACCGAAGUUUGGACAACACUGACUCUCCAACAACUGGACACGUCUUCUGUCCAAACCAGCAUUGUGAUAUCAAGCUCAUUCCAACUGACAAUAAAACUCUGCUUGCUGCUAGCGAUGCCAUCAUUCUAAAUGUUACCCCGGUGCUAUCGGCACCUAACGCAAGCAAAAUUUCAGAAAGACUCCUUAUUACUCUUCCGACCGAGAGAGUGAAGAUUGUUUUCUACGGAAUGGAGAGUCCCAACAUGAUGGUUAAUUGGGACAGUUCUAUACGGGAUGUUUAUUUCCAUUAUUCCAUGACGUACCAUUCUUCAAGUGAUCUGUUUCACCCAUACGGGCGGUACAUCCCAGGAUAUCCCAUGGAUGACCUUGAUCAGUCCAUAAACUACGCGGCGGGAAAGACAAGACUACUAGCAUGGAUGGCCAGCAAUUGUUACUUUACAUUUUGGCCGCGACGCGAGUGGGUGUUACAGUUAAAACAAUUCAUUUCAAUUGAUAUACACGGUGAGUGCGGUAAUGUAACCUGCACACCAAAGUUAUCGAGGAAUUGCGCCAGAAUGAUGAGGUCGUACAAGUUCUAUUUGGCGUUGGAAAACACCCAGUGUGACGAGUACAUCACAGAGAAGUUUUGGGAUAACGGUCUUUUGAACGGCGUCGUCCCCGUCGUGUACGGCGGGCGAAGGGAGACAUACGAGAGACUGGCGCCACCUGGGUCAUUUAUCUUCGCUGCCGAUUUUGCUUCUCCUAAAGAUCUUGCCGACUACUUGAUAAAACUUGAUAAUGACAAUGAGCAAUACAAUCGAUUCUUUGCAUGGCGGAAACGUGGCCGGAUCGUAAAGACCUAUCCGAAUCUUAGACCGAAAGCGUUUUGUGGUUUGCUGCCGUUGCUAUCUAAGGGAGAUGAUGAAGAAGUGCCAAUAAGACGUGCAGGGGAUACCCCGUACUUUCGAGGAUGCAGAGAUGAUGAACAUGCGCGGUUCAUUAGACCAGGGGAUAUAGAUAAUUGGUCCCCUUGGAAAUGA